CAUAAUUUUCACUGGCAGAAGCUAAGCAAAAGAGUGCAAAAUGAAGAAAAUUUGAUAAGUUCGCCUGAAAAGUCGCUGUUUUACACCCAAAUCAAUCUAGCAAUACUCUUAAAACUAUUGCCUCUCACUUUCUCGGCGAUUGUUUGUAAUAGUGCAAUUGCAAGUGAUCAAAUUUUAAGUAAAUCCGGAUUCUGUUCCGAUGCACGUACUUUGUAAAUAGAACAAGGAUCAUCAUAAAUGCAUAAAAUUCUGCUUUCACCAGCAACAGCGAAGGGUGUGAAUCGGGGUUGCAUACAUUUUGGAGCUACGAUUUCCUUUGAUGCGACAGAAUGUGCUCAAGUUGUUCCGCUUGAAGAAGAGGCUUGAAGGACCAAACCGAUAUAGGCCCCAAGCGGUCAGGAUGAGUGACCUGUGAAAUGCAAUGCAGAAAGGAAGGAAACGACUUUGCAGUGGAAACGAUUAUUCUUAAAAUACACACACUAUCCUGAUCGGGUAGAGCGAUGGAACAAGAGAUCGGAAGCUGGGACUCUGUGCUGUUGGAGAAUCUUUCGGAGGACAGUUUUAUCAACAAUUUGCACCAGCGCUACAAGCGUGAUCUGAUCUAUACCUACAUUGGAACGUUUCUUGUAGCAUUGAACCCUUUCAAACCGCUAGCAAUCUACACGCCGGACCUGGUGCGAAAGUAUGCCAACAAAAGUCUUUUUCAGCUUCCCCCGCAUAUAUUUGCUCUGGCCAACUCGGCUCACCAGUUUCUACUCAACUACAACGAGGACCAAUGCAUCGUUAUGUCGGGGGAAAGUGGCGCAGGAAAGACCGAAUCAGCUCGGAUGAUUGUUCACUUUCUCACGCAGCUUUCCGAGAUGAGACGCAGCCGGGCGCCGAUCUUCUCACUCAAAGGUUCCAACCCAAACUCCCGCCAGUCGACGCCGAAACACUGUACAAUGAGUCGGGUGGGGUCUUCGUUCGAGAGUAACAGCAGCUCCGGAACGGGUCGGUUGGAUAGCAUCAUGAAGUAUAACACCAGUAGGAAAUGUUCUCACGAAAAAACGGUAGAGUUUGAUCUAAUUUCACACCACAAAAGUUCGGAAAACCUAGCGGCCAUGAUCGGUGGGAGUGGAGGAAGCAGUUUCGCCAACAGCGUGGGCAACACGCCAAAGUGUUUGAAACACUCGAAUCAGUCAAUUAGCCGUUCCACGGAGGGAAAUGAGUUUCCAACGAAAUCCACUCUCAAAUCGGCAUUUACGUCCUGCCCGAAACAUAACUGCACCAGCACCGGCAGCAGCCAUGUAGAUCUGCAACGAAUGUGUGGCUAUUCGCCAUCACUGCAGAAACGGUGCAGUCUCAAUCGGUGCUGCCAUCAGAGCAGUACCCGCUCCAUCCACAAAUCAUCCUCGUCGAUUGCACUAACAUACGACCACACUAGCAGCAUGUCACCGUCGGUGCACCGGAGGCAAAUCUUGAAAUCGAUUACAAAAGAGGUUUACCUGCGGGACUUGGAGCUGGUAAAGAUGCGCGAACGUGUGGCCCAUGCGGAGGUUUUCCUGGAAGCGAUGGGGAAUGCGACAACGACAAAGAAUAGUAACUCGAGUCGAUUCGGCAAGUUUUUCGACAUAGAAUUUGACUACAAAGGAGAUCCCACCGGAGGACAUCUGACUUUGUAUAUGUUGGAAAAGUCAAGAGUUACAACGCGAAGCCCAGGGGAACGAAGCUUUCACAUUUUCUACCAAUUGCUGGCAGGAGCUGACAUCCACCUACUAAAAUCACUUAAAUUACAGCGGAACAUCGACAAAUACGAAUUGCUAAAGUACGGUGUUACCAGUGAAGAUGACCGUACAAAUUACGCUUUCACGAGGCGCUCCCUAGAAGUGCUCGGUUUCAGCCAGGAGGAAAUUUACUCCAUCUUAACCAUUCUGGCGGUAGUACUGAAGCUGGGGAACCUUGUGUUCAUUCCAAUCACACACAUCGACGGUAGCGAGGGUUGCGAAAUUUCCAAUGAGUAUGAACUCGAUGAAAUAGCAAAACUCCUGGAGAUAGACUGCAAUCUGCUGUUCAACUGCCUAACCCGGAUCGGUGAAAGUUGGGAUCAGAUCGAAACAGGCAUGACGGAGAUAGAUGCAGCCUGUGCGGCCAAGAUUAAGUUUUCCCUCUGCCGGACGCUGUAUGGUCGGUUAUUUACUCUGGUCGCGACCCGAAUCAACGAGCAGCUGAAGUUGAAACCGGUUGGAUGUGGUGCUGGAAGUGUAGUGCGUGGACGCUCUAUUGGCUUGUUAGAUUUUUACGGUUUCGAAGUGUUGGAGAAGAAUUCGUUCGAACAGCUGGCGAUCAACUUCUGCAAUGAACGACUUCAGCAGCAUUUCGUGAAAAAUGUCCUGAAGUAUCAGCAGGACCUGUACAUAGCCGAGGGUUUGGAUUGGAUCAAGAUUGACUUCUUCGACAACCAGGCGAUAUGUGAGCUGAUUGAUAAGCCGUGUUACGGAAUCCUGCACUUGAUUGACGAACCGCAGAUAAUCAAUGACGGUAUUCUAUUAACUCGGUUGCAUCAGUGCUGUUCGGGCCACACAAACUUCCUCGCACGUGAUCCCAGUUUGCCAUCCAACUGUUUUCAAAUUCGCCACUUUGAGGGACCAGCGCUGUACACCAGUUUAGGUUUCGUCGAAAAAAAUCUGGACGUGCUCCCGAAGCAUAUCAGUUCCUGUCUGUACCAGAACUGUGAGCUACCCAUAGUGGCCAGUUUGUUCCCGGAGGGAAAUCCAAAGCGUCACAGUGCCAUCCGGAAACCGACCAGUUUGAGUACAAAUCUACGCACCUCGCUACAGACGAUGCUGAAGCAGCUGGAGCAACGGUACAAUCAUUACAUUUUCUGCAUAAAGCCGAACGAACUUAAGCAGCCGAAAAUGUUUGAGCUUGGACUGGUUCAGCACCAGGUGCGGUACAUGUGCCUAAUGCCAUUGAUCAAUCUGUGGCGUAAUGGUCACUACUUUAAUAUGGCCCACUCUCGAUUUGUACAACGGUACAAACUUCUCUGCCAGUACACGUGGCCUCACUACAGCGGGACAAACAUUGAAGGCGUUACGCUGAUUAUCAGAAGUGUCCCUCUGCCGGGAGCUGAGUUCACUAUCGGUCGGAAGAAGGUAUUUAUAAGAAGCCCCAGAACAGUUUACGAGCUAGAUGAAUUCCGGAAGGUACGCCUAAAUGAGCUAGCAGUUCUGAUUCAGAAAACCUAUCGAUGCUACACCAAGCGAAGGUAUUUUCUGGCCCUGCGGAGAAGUGCGCUCGUGAUAGCGACAUUCUGGCGGACGUGGAGGGAAAGAGAAAAAAUACGGUUGACAGAGUUCAAAAAGCAAGCUCACUGGGCAGUUCAGGUUAUCGGACGGUUCUUCAUUCUAAUCAAGACCCGUGAAUUCCUGCUAACGCUAUUACUUCGGCUGCCACAUGACAACAUGAGUCCCAUCUGUCACGAGUGGCCCACGACUCCGUCCUUUCUGGCGGAAACAUCCCAACUGCUGCGCAACAUAUUCCACCGGUGGCGCUGCUAUAAAUACCGUAAAUCAUUCGAUCAACCGGCUCGCAAUCGGAUGCGUGAGAAAGUGACGGCCAGUAUUAUAUUUAAGGAACGGAAAAUUUCCUAUCCCCGAACGGUGGCUCAUCCGUUUCACGGGGAUUACAUUCGGUUGCGGCAAAACAUUCAGUGGAAGCGGGUUAGCUGCGAACACAACGAUCAGUAUGUGGUUUUUGCCGAUAUCAUCAAUAAAAUCGCGCGGUCCAGUGGAAAGUUCAUCCCUAUUCUACUGGUACUGUCGACCAACUCGAUGCUACUGUUGGACCAGAAGACGAUGCAAAUCAAGUACCGAAUACCGGCAUCGGAAAUCUACCGGAUGUCCCUGAGUCCGUACUUCGACGAUAUCGCUGUCAUACAUAUACGAGCCGACCAUUAUAGCUCUAAUAUGUCGGAUCGGUCCGAGUCGCCAACCGGGUGUUUGUUUCAGUCCGAGAUCGGCAAGAAGAAGGGCGACUUCGUACUGCAAACGGCCCACUCGAUCGAAAUCGUCACCAAGCUGUUUCUGGUGAUUCAGAACGCAACCGCCAAAUCGCCGGAGAUCGUCAUUAGUACCGAAUUCGAAGCCAACUUCGGUCAGCAGACGGUUGUAUUUACCUUCAAGUGUGGCGGUCUGGUGGACAACCCGUACAAUCAGACCCGGGUCCAGCGCAAGGGCAACCGGAUGGAGGUGAUUGUGUAACAGCGGGCCCUACCGGAAAAAGAAAGUCGCCGCGACGACUGUCAUGCCGAGCUGAUGCCCGCUCUGUUCGAUUACCACGACGAGGACGGGAUGGAGUUUGGCGUACGCGGGUUGGAAUUUGAUUAAAGGGAGGUUCGUACUUACGACUUACCACUUGGUAAGGAUUUGAAGGAGGAAAAAAACAGCAGAGCAUUACUCAAGCAAUAUUUGAUUGCUCCAGGAAGCGAGCUUCCGCGGACUAUUGGUUUGUUCGUGUUUUGAGACGAAUGAUUAUUGUAGUGAACAUAUGAUAGAUUCAAAAAAAAAUCUCUGCUCGGUACGUGUUUGGAGUCGAGGCGAAAGUUCAAAAAAACGGUUAGCGGGUAUAUCGGGGAUUGGUAUGCGGAUCAAAUUUAUUCAAAUCAUUGAUAGAACGGUACAUCAAUUAUAACGGCAACCUAUUAGCAAUUGAAAGAAAAUAUAUUGGAAUUUAAACUAGAGAAAAUAGAUUUUUAUGGGAGUAUUGAGUUGAUGAUAAAAACAGUUGAAUACAAUCAUGGGAUCUAUGCUGAAACUAUUGCUAAAAUGUAAUAUUUGCAUUUUGAAGUGCAGGUGUUUGGUAGCUUACGGUUGUUUGGCAUUUUUGACUAAUAGGUUAAAAUUUUAGUAUGUACAUUUGUACGGAACGGUGUUUUGGCAAAACUUGGCCGAAAUUCCUAUAGGCGCACGGCCACGGUAGUAUUUAAAAACUUGACGAUUCAAUAACGUUUCACGUUUCGAAUUCACCUCAACGGCUUAUGGUAACCAUCUUAACGACUAUGGAGACGUUAGGUUCAAAAAUAGAAACAUUACUUGUCGUCCCGUUAGAGGAAAAGUUCUAAUUCUGAUAGACAUAUACUGCACAUAAUUGUCCCAUUAUAGGUAUAUAGCGAAAUUGAAAGAUGAUUCGUCUUAACAAACCAAUGCAACUGAUGAAGAAUUUUCCAAUCACUAGUUUUAAUUUGUUUCAAGGAACGUACGCUUUUAGAAAUUUCGGGCAGUGUACAUAAGUGAUUAUGUCCUAGAUAAAAACCAAACAACCUGGAGCUAUCACACAUUCCCUCAUGGAAGAACCGAUUAUUCGUGACGAAUUUCAGCCACAGAAAAAAAUCAUGUAAAGCAGCGAAGCAUACUCUUUUAAGCCUGAACACUAAAUUUUAACCUAGAAAUUAUUUUUGAUAUUGAUUUUAUCGACUACUUUCAUACCUACAAUAAUUACGGAGCGACAUUGAAAAGUAAAAAAAAGAAACAAAACAAAGCGGUUUUAAAGUGAAGUUAAAGUGUUUUCAUUUGCCACACACGUUGAUCGAAAACGGUCGAAACACAAACCGUAUAGAUUUAAUGAACGCAGAAAUAUAUAGCUCAUUGACCUUAACUACGUUAGAAGAAAUAACACUUAACACUAGGUAGCUCAAUUUGUCUUAUCGAAAUGCAUUUAAACCCAAUUACAAUAGCAAAUAUAGUGAUAAUCUACUUGUAACCGAGAUGAUCUGUCCUCGCCGGACUAUUGUGUAUCUGAAGGCAGAAAACCAUCAAGUUAAAUAGGUAUAUUACAAUUGUUAGCACUGAAAUUUAGUACACGAAAUAUAAAAAUAAUCGCAGUUGUGAGUGAAAACUGAUAAAUCGAGAAAACUCAAUGACGCUUAAUUAAAUGACAAAACCAAACCAAACAAAACAUGGAUGAUAACAAAGCUAAUGCUCAUCGCCACCUAGCAAAUAAGUAGUCAAUGAAAACACACACACACAUAUUAAAACAAAUAACCAAUUAUCGGAACAGAGAAGCGCAGUGCAAUUAUCUUCUCGAUAACCCCAUGUGUAACCCUAUACCGGUACCGCCCCCCUAAUAUUAUUUUGUAACCACAGAAGAAACGUGCACUGCGCUGGCGAGACAAAAUCAAAUAGAAUACCUCAAGUGAAGUGUUGAAGUUUGAUAUUGUAUCGAGAAUCGAGCCAGUUCAGCCUCUCCGUUGGCAGGCGAAACAUUGUGCCAAAUUUGUCGAGACGGUUCGCUCGGAAAUAAUAAGUACUUGAAAAUAUUACUAUUCAAAGCCAUUUAAAACCAAUUAAUAAAAACACACACAGACAUACACACAGUGCGGGUUCGUUGAAUCGUUUAGGAAUAUUCUUCCAGUAAUAAGAAGUGCAAUCUUGUGCCAAAUAAAAACGAGUUUUUUUGUACGUUUAGUUCAGCGAAAAACCGUCUCAAUCCGCUGCAUUCGUUCGACAUUUAAUCGUUUUUCUAUGAACUCUUUUUCGCGUAUAUUUGUAAGGUUAACAACGGUGGACUAGAUAUAAUCAUGAAUAAACAAAAUAACGAUAUAGUAGUUGAAAUAUUAGCCUAUUAAUCAAAACAAAAAUACAUAGUAGAAAACCCCGUGUAUGGGAGUAUCCGCUAGACGGAAAAGUGUCUGCCAUGACCGGUCUAGUAGAAAUUCAACCAAUAAAAACACACGAUUAUAUAGUUAACAGAGAGGAUCAAAUUGGGUGAGAAAUAGCCUGUGCCAAAAAGUUUGUAUCGAAGGGCCUGAUGCCGUGCGACACGAAAUGUAUUUUGUAGAACUUUUUUUAAGUUUUUUAAAAUUAUUGCUAUUUUACAAUUAAUAUAGAUAUCAGACACUUAUGAUCAUAUUCAAAAUGCGUCUAAACGCAAUCAACUGCCAUUUCAAAUGAAGCGAGCGACUUAAAAACAUUGAGGGGAGUUUCUUCUCUAAGCGGUUUUUUUCAAAGUUGAAACUUAUCAUAGUUAUUAUACUUUAUCAGACACAAAUAUUAUAAAAUAUUCAGUCAUUUCUGAGAUAUGAUUGCUCAAAAUGGAACAGCCGUUUUUAGAGGUAAACUGGGUGCAUUGUAGAACCUCACGAAUUGAUUCUAGAACAAUAUGUGUUAUGUUUUUGUUUAUUAACAACUUUUCUGCAGAAUGACGUUUUUUUUUCUCUAAAAAAAAUGAUUUUUCACAAAAAUAAUAUAAAAUUUAACAAACAAAAAUUUAAAAUGUAUAAUUUUUUUUGUAUUUUCCUCGACGUCAUUGUAUUAAAAAAAUAUAAUAUAAGAAUCGUUUUUGACCCAUUUACAGGAGAAGCUUCCCUUGAACAAAUGACAUAGGAGGCGCAGCUAUGCUGUACGACAUAGAGUGCACCUGUCAAAGUGCUUGUAGCCAAUAGUUGAGUAAAUGACAGUAGUGAUUUACCGAUUUCCAACGAAUAUAAUUUUAAAAUUUUGGCUAUGUUUUUUAAUAGGAACUUCUGUCACCUGUAGUACUAACAUUUUCCCCGACGAGCGUUCGAUUCGAUUGAAGUAGCCCUCCGCGUUUCGGAACAUGGUCAAAAUACUUUUUUUCUGACGUUUCGCGAACAUUCGGCUGAUCUGCGCAUAAUUGUCCCUUGCAUAUAGAGAAAUUCAAAUGGAACAAAUUUGUGCAAAACCGGCAGUGUUGCAAUAGUCUAAACACAAACAGUCCAACUAAAGAUCAGGCCCUUUGAUCUGUCAGUGUAUAGUGUUAGUUACUCGAGGGCCAACGUCGUAAUCGCCAGCCACUCGAGCAUGUUACUAAAAUGUUUAGAAUAACAAUUCAACAAAAAGAACGAUUUAAGAAAAGAAAAAAAACAGCAGUGUUUUUAUUAGUCAACUGUUAGCAUAAAAAAACGAAGAAUGUUUCGAUUCGUUGGUAUCGUUAUAGACCGCGAAACAUGCUGCUGUAUUAACAUUAAACAAACAAUAGUCGAAUAGGCAAAUGUCUAACCUAUUAGCAGAAACAGUAACAAACGCAAACAAACGGGAUAUUUUGAGUCAUACACACAUCACGAUGAAUCAGACUAGCGGAAGAAACAUUUGAUUAAUUAUACAUAUCUCAUCCAUUGAACAACAAGAGAGUAAUAAAAAAGCCAUUGGAGAACGAAACGAA